GGAGACACUCGGGUCUGGCGGAGAGACACUCGGGUCUAAACGCCCUCGAAAGUGAAACUUUGUUGAAAGCAAAGUUCUUCGCCGUUUCAUAUUAGACAUUCUCUGGCCGUUCCUACUUUUAAACGGAGUGGGCGAUUGGCGGCAGAUGUUCAACUCGAACUCGACUACAGGUCUCAGUUCUACUAUGGAUGAGAAGGGAGAGGAGGGGGGUCCCACCUCUAAAACCACUAAGGCUGGGGAACAUGGGCGCCAGAGCAAAGCUAAGAGGUAAGAAGAGGAUCUCUCACCGUCUGUGACUGUUGUCCAUCUCAGAGCUCAGCAGUGAUACAUCAUGACACCCUCAUUAGUCUGAGUAAAGGUAUGUGUUUUGCGUUGAAGCCCAGAGCAGCAGGAGAGAGCAGACUCCCCUGGACCCAGCUGUGUCUCCAUGAAGAGCGACCGUUCUAUGGGUCAACCUCCGGACCUUGAAGAUAGACGCCCCUCCAGAAAGAAGAGCCCAGAGCAGCAGGAGAGAGCAGACUCCCCUGGACCCAGCUGUGUCUCCUUGAAGAGUGAUCGCUCUAUGGGUUAUCCUCCUAACCUUGAAGAGGGACCCCCCUCUAAAGAAGAGAGCCCAGAGCAGCAGGCGAGAGCAGUCUCCCCUGGAUCCAGCUGUGUCUCCAUGAAGAGUGACCACUCUAUGGGUCAUCCUCCUGAUCUUAAAGAUGGACGCCCCUCCAGAGAGGAGAGACAACACCAGAGGAAGUCAAACGUUCCCAUGGGUCCGUCUCUACAGCAGCAACACACAGAGUUGAAGCGGAUCAAGGAGAACGCACACGCUUUUCUAGAUGAGGAGGUGGAGAAGCUCUGGAGGGUUCUCUUCCCAGAUUACCCACAAUGCUCAGAGAGCCAGAGGGAGGAGGAGGAGUCAGAUGGUGAAGAAGAGGAGCAGAGGAGGCGCGCCAUUGAGGGAGUGGAAGACAUCACACUGCUCUGCAUGAAGCAGUUAAAGCAGGAGGAGCUGGCCGACAUACUGAGGAACAAAAGUGUUUCUGCUGAGUGCCAACGUAAAAUCAAGUCUCAUCUGAAGGAGAAGACCCAGUGUGUGUUUGAGGGAAUUGCUAAAGCAGGAGGGUCAAGACCUCUGAAUGAGAUCUACACAGAGCUCUACAUCACAGAGAGAGGCAGUGGAGAGGUCAACAAGGAACAUGAGGUUAGACUGAUUGAAACAGCUUCCAGGAAACCAGCCAAGGAGGAAACACCAAUCAAAUGUGAAGACAUCUUUAAACCCUUACCUGGAAAAGAUCAACCAAUGCGGACAAUAAUGACAACUGGAGUGGCCGGAAUUGGUAAAACCGUCUUAACACACAAGUUCACUCUGGACUGGGCUGAAGGCAAAACCAACCACGACAUACACUUCACAUUUCCCAUGACUUUUAGAGAACUGAAUUUAGUGAGAGAUAAAAAGUUUAGCUUGGUGAAACUUCUUCAUCACUUCUUUGUUGAUACCAAAGAAGCAAGAAUCUGCAGAUACGACGGGUUCCGAAUUGUCCUCAUCUUGGAUGGUCUGGAUGAGUGUCGACUUCCUCUGGACUUCCAGAACAACCCGAUCUGUACUGAUGUCACAGAGUCCACCGAGGUGGACGUGCUGCUGACCAACCUCAUCAGUGGCAACCUGCUUCCCUCUGCUCACAUCUGGAUAACCACACGUCCUGCAGCUGCCAAUCAGAUCCCUGCUGAGUGUGUUGACAUGGUGACAGAGGUGAAAGGGUUCAGCGACCCACAGAAGGAGGAGUACUUCAGGAAGAGAUUUAGAGAUGAGAUGCUGGCUAGCAAAAUCAUCUCCCAUAUCAAGACAUCACGAAACCUCCACAUCAUGUGUCAUAUCCCAGUCUUCUGUUGGAUUAUGGCUACAGUCCUUGAGGACAUCUUCGAAACAUCACAGAGCGGAGAAGAGAUUCCCAAAACUAUGACUCAGAUGUACAGCCACUUCCUGAGGGUUCAAUCCUUACAGGGGGACAGGAAGUAUCAUGGGAGAGAUGAAACAGAUCCACACUGGAGUUCAGAGAGCAAGGAGAUCAUUGUUUCUCUGGGAAAACUGGCUUUUAACCAUCUGGAGAAAGGAAACCUGAUCUUCUACGAGGCAGACCUGGCAGAGUGUGGCAUCGAUAUCAAAGAAGCCUCAGUGUACUCAGGAAUGUUCACCCAGAUCUUUAAAGAGGAGUGUGGGCUGUACCUGGACAAGGUGUUCUGCUUUGUCCAUCUGAGCAUCCAGGAGUUUCUGGCCGCCCUUUAUGUCUUUAAGACCUUCAUCGACAGUGGUGUCAAUCUGAUCUCAGAGGAACCAGUACCCUUGUGGUCUUUUUUCUUUGAAAAUAAAACUGAUCUCUUCUACCAGAGUGCUGUGGACAAGGCCUUACAGAGUGAUAACGGACAACUGGACUUGUUCCUCCGCUUCCUCCUGGGCCUCUCUUUGGAGGCCAAUCAGAGGCUCCUACGAGGCCUGCUGGGACAGACACAAAGUAGCUCACAGACCAAUCAGAAUACAGUGUCUUACAUCAAGGAGAAUAUAAAUGGAGAUCUCUCCCAAGAGCGAAUCAUCAAUCUGUUCCACUGUCUGAAUGAGCUAAACGACCUUUCUCUAGUGGAGGAGAUCCAACAGUACCUGACAUCAAGAAGACUCUCCGUAAAGCCUCACUCCCCUGCUCAGUGGUCAGCUCUGGCCUUCAUCUUACUGACAUCAGACAAGGAGUUGGACGUGUUUGACCUGAAGGAAUACUCUGCUUCAGAGAGGGGUCUUCUGAGGCUUCUGCCAGUGGUCAAAGCCUCCAAAACAUCUCUGUUGAAUGGCUGUCAUCUGUCAGAGAGAUGCUGUGAAGCUCUGGCCUCAGUUCUCAGCUCCAACCCCUCUAGUCUGAGAGAGCUGGACUUAAGUAACAAUGAUCUGCAGGAUUCAGGAGUGAAGCUGCUCACGGCUGGACUUGGGAGUCCACACUGUAAACUAGAAACUCUAAGGUUGUCUGGCUGCCAGGUCACACAGGAAGGCUGUUUUUUUCUGGCCUCAGCUCUGAGCUCUAACCCCUCCAACCUGAGAGAGCUGGACCUGAGCUACAAUUACCCAGGAGACUCAGGAGCUGCGCUGCUCUCUGCUCUGAUGGAGAAUCCUCGCUGGAGACUGGACACUCUCAGUGUGGAGCACGGUGGAGUGUGGAGGAUGAAACCAGCUCCACAGAGAUAUGCCUGUGAACUCACACUGGACCCAAACACAGCCUGCAGACUCCUCCCUCUGUCUGAGGACAACAGAAAGGUGACGGUGGUUGAAGAGAAGCAGUCAUAUCCUGAUCACCCAGAGAGAUUUGACUCCUUGUGCCAGGUGUUGUGUAGAGAGGGUCUGACUGGCCGCUGCUACUGGGAGGCAGAGUGGGAAGGAAAUGUUGGUGUAGGAGUGACAUACAAAGGAAUCACAAGGAAAGGAAGGAGUGAUGACAGCAAGCUUGGAGGGAAUGACAAGUCCUGGAUUCUUCUUUGUGAUGAUGAUGGUUACUCUGCCUCGCACAACAAUAUAGAAACAGACAUACGUCUCCUCACCAAUGGCUCCAACAGAGUAGGAGUGUAUCUGGACCGGCCGGCUGGCACUCUGUCCUUCUACAGAGUGUCCCCAGGUGUUGGAGUGUCCUCAGACAUACUGACACACAUCCACACCUUCCAGUCCACCUUCACCCAGGAGGACCUCCUCCCUGGGUUUGUGUUUUUGACUUAUGGUUCCUCAUUCUCUCUGAGUCAUUUGUAUUGACACACACACACACACACACACACACACAC